AUGAAAAAUCAAUCGAUAGCCGACAAAAACCGAUUGUACCUCGAAAAGCUGGAAUUGACGGAUAAAUUCGUCACUUUGCACGGUCAACUCCGAAAAGAGCUCGAAUUGGCAAGUUUGUGCGUUUCCAAAGCAAAGUGAGUUCGUAUUUGUUGUGGAAUUUAUCGAAAACUAAAUUGUUUUGCAGGGCGGUGCACGGAAUCACUCUUUUCAGUGUCAAUUCGUUCGAUUCGCAUGAAUUGGAGCCGUCCGUCAGGUUCGGGAUUUUUCUGGGGAAAUUGUGAAAAUUAAUGGUUUUCAGAGUUGAAAUCAAAGACGGCAAGUAUCAGUUGGUCAAGGAAGACGAUGAAGACAAAUUGGCGGUGAGCUGCAUUUCUUCUUAAUUUGUAAAGUCAAUUUUUGCAGGAAGAACUGAAAAAGACUGGAAUUUCGGCAAAAAAAGAAGAGGUUGGCCAACGUUGGUCCUAACAUGAUCAAAAAUAUUUUACAUUUUGCAGAAGCAUUCCGGCGAAUCAGAAGACGUGGAUUCUGAAGAAAACAAGAAGAAAUCGCCGUACUCCGGACAAUUUCGGCCGUUCGGAGUGCUCGAAUCGACGGCCGCCAAGGAUGCGCGUAAGACGAUGAAAAACGCAAUUCAGGUACGAACAUAAGCACUUUUUCCAAUGUUUUGCCAAUUUUUCAAAAACAAGUUUAAAAAUUUGCAGACGCUGCUCACAUUGGCUUCCACGCAACAAUCGAUCGUCGAAACGGCUCGGGAGUUGAAAAAUUGCUAA